AUGCUAAAGCUCUCGCAAUUGCUUGACGCAAGGCGACGUGAUAGCUCCGAUACCAAUACAGAAUCUGCUCAAGCGCGUUUGGUCCCUCAAUCACCCCUGACAGUCAAUUCCUCUGCCCCCGUGUCUCCUACAGUCUCUCUUUUCUCCGCCAAGGGCCAUACCCGCCUCUCCAGUUCCGUCUCCUCUUUGGUCUCUUCCUCCGCCCUCGGUCUCUCUGUCGAUAGCCCCUCGAAGGCCCAACUGACGGGCGUCAAGGAAGAAGAACCCAUUGCGUAUGGCGAUGAGCAGCAUUGCGAGCCCCCAGAUCUGGAAGAGGAAUACUUUCAGCACUUCGAACAAGGCGCGUCCGUGGCUGAUGAUUCAUAUUUUGCUUUCGUGGAUAGCUCGGAUGGCUAUGACCUCACCGAUGCAGGCAUGGACUUGCGGCAAUCAAUUAGAACAAGAGGCUCCGACGGUGUGUCCAUGAAAGGAAUCUCACGCAUUAAUUCCCAGAUUUCCACCCUGUCGUCACGAUGGAGGGCGAAACUUUCGGAUAGCCCCGUCGGACAUCCGCGGUCCCGGGCCAACUCAUCCGCCUCCUCCAUUGCAAUGAACUGUGUGAACCCAAUCUGCCGGGUCGAUCCGUGUAUUCCUCCACCCGCUGCAACCCUGUUUGAAGAGCAACGGAUUAGUGUGUCUUCGGAGACAAGGCCAAUUAGCAUCGAUAGAGGGAACACAGACGAUGCCGAUGACUCUGCGCCGCAGGCAACAACCCCGCUACUGCCACCGUUUAUGGGAGAUGGUCCGUCCAAUACGGUGUCCAAAGUGACCUCGCCUCUACAGUCUCCGUCGGUGGCUGAUACCUCGGAGCAAGACCGAGAGAGUGGCAUCUUACUUCCCGAUCCUCGCUUCCCUGGCCUCCCAUCUCCUCCACUGUCCAGCAAGCCUUCGGUUUCGUCUUUUAGCCGCCCGCGGACAAACACGAUCCGGGUGUUGUCUGGUGAUCCUCCUCCUCCUCUCAUAUUGUCAGAUCCCAAGGACGAGUGGGCCCACAAGCUUGGUCAUGCCAACUUUACCAUCCAGCCGGAACCAUACGUGCCAGAGAUCUGCGAUGCCGAGUCGUUCCGGCAGCUUCGUGCAGAUUGGGACCUUGCCCGGUGUAAUUUCGCCCGACACCUGGUCCGCACCGGGGAGCACUAUGGCGUCACCUCCAACAUCUAUAGGCUGACGGAGGAUAAGUGGGAGGCCAUCAAUAAAGAGUGGAAGCAAAACUACGAUGCAAUGGUCAUCCAAUUGGACACCAGUGGGUGGGAGGAUCUUGGCCUGACCAGGUCCACUCUCCACCCAUGCGGGCAAAUCAAGCUACCACGUCUUAACGAUAACGACAAGUUUCCUGAACUGGGUGAUGAGGAGAUCGUUGGUCCGAUGAGUGUUGCGCCUGCGGGUGGUAUGCACAGAUCAUCUCAGCCCAAAUCGCAGAAGAAGCGGGAUUUCUUCCGAUUCUUCCAGGACCUUGUCUCCAGAUCCUAG